AGUUUUCGAGGCCCGGCUCAAGGGCCGAGGCUCCAGGCUAGGGAAUUGCCCCAGGUCCCGAGCGACCCGAGCGACCCGAGCGACCCGAGCGACCCGAGCGACCCGAGCGACCCGAGCGACCCGAGCGACCCGAGCGACGUCCCCGAGCUGUGCUCUGUCCAUUCGGUCCCCGAAUGGAUCCGCACCUCUCGCUGCGGCUGCAGCAGUUGCAAGAGAACUUGGCCAUCAGCGCCAAGGCCAUUGCUGAAACCACAGAGCACUUGGCUCUUCUGGUUCCCAUCCCGGACCAGUCAAUCAGCGAGACCAGCUCCACUGGCGCGCAAAGUCCCAAGAGCACUGUGACGCACGGCUUCAGCACCUCGGGCGAGCUCGAGAAAGAAAAGUUCGAGCUGCAGCAGAACGGCGUCCCCUAUUUGCGGACGACGGCGCCCAAAAGGCAUUCCUUGUUCUCCGCCAGGAGUUCUAUCAGUACCCUCACGGCAGAUGAAAACCCAGGCGCCCGCCUGCUCGAUGAUUGGAGCGAGAACUUCGUGCUUUGCGAGCAGGAGGCAAUUGAGGCAUACACAUACCUUUAUCGUAUGCGCGAUGUAAAUCCGAGUCCGCAGCGGCGGAGGCCAAGUGCGCUGGGGCUGCAAAUGAGCUGUUCUGACAUGCUGCCCGUUCCUGAGAACCUGCAGGACUCCCUGAAGCUGUGGCGGCCCGUCUGGGAUUUCCUGACCAUCGUCCUGGUGGUGGUGGACGCCCUGGUCUUGCCCCUGCUGCUGGCCUGGCCCGAGCUCUCGUACAGCGGCAGCUUCUGGUCCGGGUACUACGAGGUGACGCCGGUGUUUUGGAUGGUGGACAUCGUCCUGAACUUCAGCCGCGCAAUCCUCUCGGAGAAUCGGAAAGCGGCGUUGCUGGGGUAUUUGUGCACGUGGUUCCUCUUCGACGGUUUCCUGGUGACCUUGGACCUGGUGCUGCUGCUGCAGCUGGUGCCCGAGUCCGUCAAGGCCCUCACCAUGGCGCGCCUGCUGCGCACCGCCAAGUUCCGCCACGCAAUCACUGCUGUGGAGAGCCGACUAGCAGCCAACGGCUACAUCAAAGUCGUCAACUUCUCCACGAUCUUGCAGUGUGUCACCUUCAUAUUUGGUGUGAACCAUACGCUAGCCUGUGUCACCUUCUAUGUCGGGCGGACAAGGCAACAGCAGCAAGACUCCAAUUGGCUGGAUGCCUACAACAUCAUGGAUCGCCCUAUGUCCUUCCAAUACAUGAUUUCCUUCAACUGGGUCAUCGCGGAGUAUACUCCAGCACCCUAUCCGUUUACAGCGCAGAACGAGCUUGAACAGGCCUUGAUGCUGGCCAUUAUCUUGACGUGCCUUCCCAUGCUGGGAGCGCAGAUCGGCAUCAUCAGUGGCACGUUGAAUCUCAUGAACGAAAAGGCCAAGGAGCGGGACCACGUGAAGCGGGACCUGCAGCGCUGGCUGCGGAAGACCCGUGUGAGAAAGUCCCUGCACCAGCGGGUGGUGGCGGCGUUGGAUGACGUGCUCGGCUCCCAGGAGUCGCCUUUGGACGUGAAGGACCCGUUGGCGCUGAACUUCCUGCCCAGCAGCUUGAUCGAGGAGCUGCAGGUGGUGAGCACUGGAGAGAAGCUCUCCAUCCACCCCUUCUUCUCCAUGCUCAUGGACGAGCGGCUGGACUUUCGGGGGCGGCUGGCGUCGGCCUUCGUGAUGCAGGUGGCCGUGCAGGGCGAGCUGAUCUUCACCGCCGAUCGCAAGGCCGAAGGAAUUUUCAUCGCGAUCCACGGCGGGUUCCAGUUCAUUCCCUCCAAGAAUGAAAGCAUGUCGCUCAAGGCGACGUCGCGGCGCAAGAGCACCUACUGGAACAACGAGUGCUGGUUUGCGGAGCUAGCCUUGUACACCACCAGGACCCACUCAUCGACUCUGUCUUCGGCUACAUAUGCGAAAGCGCUGACAUUGACGGCCCAGGGCUUUCUCCAGGCAGUGAAGGAGCACCCAGCCAUCGUGGUCGCCGCCCACGAGUACGCGAGUUGCCUGCUGAGGCUUCAUCAGAAGAGGGCACACUUUGUCGAGAACACCUGGGAGCUUCCUCCCCUCUCGUGGUCCUUAGAGUCGGUGGCUGGCACACAGCUGGCAGAAUUGCUAGAUCCUGGCACCAGCCAUUUGCAUGCCUUCAAGCUUGAAGAAAUUCCCUCGCAUCGCGUGAACUUGCAGAAGCUGAUGAAGGAGGAUUUGACCCAUGAGGAGCAGGUGGAUGAAAUCAAAGAGCACAUCCACGAGCUUAGGGAGGAAGACGGCGUCUAUUACGAGCUCAAUUGCCAGGAGGACGCGAAGCACGCCACCCUUUCCAUGCUGUGCUUGACAUGGCUGGUUCGAGGCCAGCACAGCAGCAUGGUAGCCUGCCAGGACUCGGGCCGUCUGACUUCGGCGAGUUGGCAGGCGAUCCAAGAGCUGACGCAAGUGGGCGAGAUGACCUUUGAAGAGCUCAACGGUCUGAUGGUUUUGCUGGGCAUUCGCGGCAUUUGCAAAAGCGUGGACUUUGCCAAGCUGUGCCCGCCAAGUGAACGGAAGAAACCCGAGCAGGUCUUGUGCUACACGGUUGAAAGCUUGGAGCACUACCUGCCAUCCUUGGCAUGCCUGGCGCCUGAGAGCUACUUGCACCUCACCGCGGUGGUACGUAUGCUGGCCGAGUUCAACUUCGCGCAGUUUCUGCAGGGGGAGAACAACCCCCACGCCAUUUGGCUGCUGGCCUGCUCGCUGGAAAGGGAAGGCGAGAGGGUCUUGAAGAUGUGCUUACUGGCACAAGUGUGCAUCCUCUGUGGGGUCACGGGCUCGAGCACGCUGACCGGGUCGCUGUUCCUGAACGAGCUAAAUGGCCGGUGUUUGGUGAAGGCUUUGAGCUGCCUCAAGCAGGUGCAGGAUUUGGAGCCGCAUGUGGUCUACUGGCGCUACAUCACCAGCAGGGCCGAGGCCUUGAAUCUCUUCGUGCACACUGCUUCGCACCUGGUGCUGGCACGCUUGGCUUGCCUCACCCGAUGCGUGGAGCCGCAAGGGAUCGUGGAGUUGCAGAAGGCAUGGUUAGACCUGACAGGGCGCGAAAGAGAAGUGCUGAUGGACGUAUUCCUGCUGGACGGCCAUGCGCACAAGGCUCUGAUGUUCGCAUAUUUGCCCCUUUUCCUGACCAAUGCGCGGGCCAACCACGAUGUGGGCCUGCUGGCGGGGUUGAAGUUCUUGGUGGAGAUCUACGAGAAGCUGCUGAGGCACAAGUGCCUCAUGCUCUCCGGUCCCACCGUGCGGGUGGACAUGAGCUCCCUGGCGAUGGUCAUGAAAGACGUCGAGGACGUCCCCACCCUCCGGAAGUGCUUCGACUUCGCCAAGAUUGUGAGGCACGAGAACGGCGUGACAGUGCUGCUGACCUCGGCCAGCUACCAGGUACUGACAGGUCGGGCACCAAAAAUCGGAGGUGACGUCAGAGAAUGCUGCAGCCUUUUCCUCCCAAAAGACGGUGCGGGGGUUGGAGGUCAACUGGUGCAGCACACCCGCAGCACGGACAUGUUGGAGCAGCUGGCGCAGCAGCAGACCCGCCUGGAGUCUGCUAUUUUGGCCAAAGUCCCGCGUGCGAGAACCUCCGUCUUUGUAUCAGAGUGCCAGAGCGACAUGUUCGAGUCGAUCCACGUGUAGCGAGUUCGGUGCUCGAAGUCCAAGCCUACACGCGAGGCCGAUGGCCGAAGUGCUGAAGUGCCGAAGUGCCGAAGUGGCCAUCGGAACACGUUUUUUGGCGUGAAGCCAGCGUUUGCCCAAGGCAACGGCGAAAGCGGCGAAAGCGGCGAAAGCGGCAAUCCAAAGGAAUGCCCACUAGACACUCCAAAGAGAGCAGCAAAAGUGUGAAGAUGGCCGCAUGCAAGCGAACCGAGCAGAGCUCGUCACUAGGAACUUAGACUUUCCCGCGCCCCACUCUCUAGCGUCGAACUCUUGAAAGAUCGAGCGAAUCAGCGUGCA